CUGUUUGCAAAUGUUCCACUAAUAUUUAAUGCCAAACUUAGGAGACCCCAUGAAUUGUAUAAUUUAGGGUUAGAAUGGAAAAGGAGGGUUAUAUUUAGGUAAUAUCGAGAGUGCUGGUAAUGGUAAACUAUUAGGCCAUCAUGACAUUGGUGCAAUAUUGGCUGUAAUGAGCACCAAGGACUACACGUAUGAUGCACAUGUUGCUCAUAAGUUUAUUAGAGUUGAUGAUGCUGACUUUGUCAAUUUAAGUAAGCAUUUUGAGGAGGCUAUCGAUUUUAUUGAUGUCAAUCGAUAGUAAACCAGUGUAUUGGUACAUUGCCAUGCAGGAGUAUCAAGAUCUGCUACCAUUGUUAUUGCUUAUUUAAUGAAAACUUAAAAUAUGUCGUUGGAAUAAGCAUUUAAACAUGUUCAGAAUUAGCGACGCAUCGUGAAUCCAAAUCCUGGAUUCAUGAGACAACUGAAACAAUAUGAGUCGAAAUUGUAGAGUUCUAAUUCUCUUAGAGCUUCAACUGUGAAGCAGAAGGAGAGACAACAUUCACAAAACAAUCUUCGCAAGAGCCAAUACAUUUAGAAUUCUUCUGAAGGCUACAAUUCUGUCCAUCAGCCAUAUCAACCUCAACGUCAAUAUUAGAGUGCUUCAGAUUUAAUGAGACAAUCCCAGUAAAAUUAUGACAGACUUAACUCAAGACAAAUGCAUUAUCCCUAUAUGCCUUAACAUUAUUCACCAUAUGUAAGAAAUUACAGUGUGCCAUAUGGAUAGAAUCCUUUGCACUUUUCUACUUACAGAUAGGGAUGUUAUUGA